CCAUGCCUGAGCAGCUCCUCUGAGGGCAUUCCCAGCCUGCUCCAAAACUCCCUGAAUUCUGGAGAGACCUGCCCAGAGCAUCUGAAUCAUGAUAAACAGGGCUGCUUUGGCAGGCAGUGCAGGCUGGCAGCACCCAGCUGGACUCCUACGGAUUUCUCAUCCUCACCCUCCGAGCUGUAGCAGCUUCAGGCAGGAGUUAGGAAGGCACCAGCCAUUUUUAAGCCUCCUGUACCCUAAAACUCUGGGAAAUGCUCUCAAAUCUGAAGCUUAAAGCUCUGUUCCCCCUGGUUCUCAGCCUGGGAUGUAGCAUCACGUAAUGAUUUGUGUUAUUUCUCCCCUGCUCUUCCCUCACAUUUCUUCGUUCCUCCAGCCUCCAUCUGCAGGUUCUGGGCCAGUUUUCACUCUCUGCACUGGUUCUGUGGAGACUUUGCUCCACAUCCUGUCUCCAGGUGCAAAGGGCAGUGUGGCACCCUGGAUAUUUGGACAACUUCUCAGGUGGUGGUCAGUGACUCAGACCACGAUGACCAAAGCAGCAGAAUGCUCUGUCUGAACACUUAAAGCCUCUUGAAGCUGCAGCUCUUCUGCAAAAACACGUUUUCAUUGUUCAGAAUGAAAGAAAAGCAGCUCGGGUCUCUUAAAAAUGAAAAAACAGUGACUUUUUUUUCUUAACUCUCCUAGUCUGUGCCAGGUUUCUCGUGUCUGCUGACUAGCAGGUCAUGCCUGGCUGCCUUCUGCUCCAAGCCCAGGUCACCUGGGUGCUCGUCCUGAGCUGCCUUUGCAUGAGGUGACAUUCCAUAGUGGCUUUGCAGGGACCCAGCUGCCCUGGCCAGGGGAGGCACCGGCACCGCCUCCCUUUGGGUAGCUAAAGGAUUGAUUAAAACUGUGAGGUGGAGGCCACUCACUCUCCGUCUGCCCUUUUUUCAGUACCUGGAAGCAGUUCUGAGCCCCACUAAGUUGAGAUCCAUGGCUACGGUGCUAAUGUGCCGAAGAUUGCCCAGGCUGAGCAGGGUGACAGCGUUUUCGACCACAGCCAAGCGCAAGGCCGAGCGUGGAAGCAGCAAAAGCAAGAAGGAAAAGCGAGAUAAGCCAGGAGCAGCCAAGACUGGGACCCAGUCAGGGGCUACAAUCCAGCUGCUGAAGCCACAGGACUACAGAGUGUUGUAUAAUCCAGCUGCCUAUGCCAAAGGCAGGGCUGGCUCCCAGCAGCACGUGGAUAGGGAUGGCAGCCAGGCCCUCGGUGACACGUUCACCGGCCCUGGCACCGCGCAGGCUCUGCAGACAUUCCCCACUGCCUCUUCCCGAGCUUUGGCGCCUGUCAGGAAUGCCCUGCCCAAGCCCAAGUCCAGCACGCUCCUGGAGCAGACCGUCCUGGCCUCGCUGGACAAGGAGGAAGCAGAGAAGGAAAAACGGGAAGUGCACAACUCCAAGGAGGAUCCCCGCACGUUCCAGAAGGGGAGGCCUGAGUACAGACCUCUCACCUGUGACAGUGCUGAGCCAGCACAGACCCUCCCUGCAGAGGAAGGGGACUCGAUUUUACAGAGUGUGGCCGGGUGUGAGGGCAGCCCGGGAAUUCUCACGGAUUAUUUCCUCAAGCUGAGCCGUCUGCCGGCGGAGCGACGCGCAGCGCUGGUGUCCGAUCCCAGGUUCAGUGCCCUGUGCCACUGUGCUGUCACAGCCAUCAGGUUGUUCAGCACCCCAGAUCUCAUCCAGAUUUUAAAGGCUUGUGUCCCUUUGGCCGUGCCAGCCUCCCACCCCCUGCUCAACGCGUGCGAGGCCGAGUUCUGCCGGCGGGCGUGGGACAUGGGCCUGGAGCAGCUGCUGCUGGUGGCGGAUUGCUGGCGCUGCCUGGACCGCAGCGUGCCCUCCUACCUGGGCAUUCUGUUCAGCUAUGCCAACCUGCACUGGAAGGACCUCACCUUGCCCCAGUUUGUGCAGCUCCUUUACAUCAUCGGGGAAGGCCGGAGGUCGCCCGCGGACUUGGUGCAGAAGGUGGAGAGCACGAUCCUGAAGCACAUGGACGCCUUCACCUUGGAGGAGCUGGGUGCCAUCUGCUUGGGGCUCUUCAAGUCCCUCAGUGGGAUUUCUGAGCACGUCAUGAGGAGGAUUGCAGACAGGGUGUCCCUGCAGAUGGAGGACAUGAGCACCUACGCCUUGGUGAACGUGCUCAAGAUGCUGCGCUACACCCGCAUGGACCACCUGCCCCUCAUGAGGGAGCUCGGGAGGGUGAUUCCUGCUCGGAUUCCUGCAACAAACAUCCAGGGCAUCAUGCACAUCACUCUUACCUAUUCAUCCCUGCACUUCUUUGACGAGGAUGUCUUGGCUGCUGUAGCCACCUCGUUGCCUUCCAAGGUGUCCUACUGCCGGAGCAAGGAUGCUGCCAAAUUCCUGUGGUCGUUUGGGUGCCUGGACUAUGAACCUCCCAACGAGGAGGAGUUUUACUCCAGCCUGAUAAAGCAAUUGCAUGCAAAACUCCAUGAGUUUAGCAAGUUUCCAGAGCAUCUCCUUACUGCUCUGCUUGGCCUGGCAUUUGUCAAACGCUUCCCAGAGGAGCUGAUAGACUUGGCUUUGAGGGAGGAGUUUGUCCAGAAAACCAGAGGUAGCAAAUACGAGCUCAACAAGGACCUGUUCACCCUUGGUAAGAGCGUGGAAAUCGAGUGCCCGACCUACCGAGGCAGCCGCCUCACACCUCAGCUUUGUCAGGAGUUCACUGAGAUGGUCUCAGGCUUUGCAGAGCGGGAAAUCUACGUCAGGCCUGAAAUCGUGGAAGCCACGUCCCUCCUGGAGAGCAUGUUGGGAGGCCCUGAGUAUGUGAAGAACCACAUGAUCCUGCCCCACACCAGGUCCAGCGACCUGGAGGUGCGUUUGGCCGCGGAUGGACGUCCCAUCCCUUUCAACUUCAAGGACCCUGUGACAGCCCGGAAGCUGAAAGACGUGGGAGUUAGUCUGACAGAUGAUUUAAUGUCUCAGCUCAUACAGGGGAGAGCUGAUAGCCAGAGUCCCACAGAAGUGGGAAAUGAAGCCAGGAUUCCCAGACAGGAGAGAGGGGACACAACAGGCACACCGUGCUUGGGUGGAGCCCUUUCUGCAGGUGCCACAUCACAGGCUGAGCCUAAACCAGGGCUCUGGCAGCCUGGGCAAGUGAGGCUGGCGCUGCAGGUGUCCAACAGGAACCACUUCUGCUACAGCUCCAGGCGGCUGCUGGGGCUGCACUGCCUGAAGCGGCGGCAGCUGCGGCUGCUGGGCUACGUGGUGGUGGAGAUUCCCUUCUGGGAAUGGUUCCCUCUGCUCAAGCGCACGCGCUCCGAGAAGCUCAGCUACCUCCACUACAAAGUGUUCUGCCCAGCACUGCUCACCAGGGCUGGCUAGUGGGGGCAAGGGCUUGCCCAGAGCCUCCCCAGUGCAUCUCUGUGGCUGUGUACUGGCUAAAAUGGUCUCUGGGUGUUGGCUCGGUUGUUGGCAGGUGCUCUGUGUGGUCAUUUCUGCUCUGGUGAUAUCUGUACUUCCCGUGCUCUCCUUUUGUACCUGGAGCUUCCAAUGCUUCCACCACAAAUAAAACCUCCUAAUGAUUCA